GUUAACGCAAGUUGCAUUGACACACAGAGUCGGAGCGGUAAUGUUUUCGUAAAAUUGCACCAAAGUCCAACAACAACAACCAUCAUCAUCGCUUGUGACUCCAAAUCAAUCAAAAAGCUCAAAGUUAUACAGCAGCUUCGAUCAGAUCCAACCACGCCCAUUUCUCUUCCUCUUUCGUAGGUUAAACAUCAACUGAUUCCAGAGAAUUACAUUGCAUUAUUCACCAAAAGCUGAGCUUCCCACCUUCCUUGACUUCAGUUAAUCUGCUGGGGUGGGAUAUGCUAGAGAGAGAGAGAGACACUGAUCCAUUUGAAAAUAUGAGUAUAUAGUCUGCAACUGAGUCAAGAUACUUAUUUCUUCCUUGAGAUUCCAAGGCAUUGAAGGGUACGCUUUUUCAAAAUUUCUGUUGAAUACACAAGAGCCGUGUGUGUUGAUUGCAUGCUCUGUCAGAAUGGUCCGUGGUUGGUAGUCGCUAAAAAGGUUGGCUGUUGAGUUUGGAUUAUUGAUGGAGCAAAGAAUACACCUACGCGGUGGUGGCACUGCUGAAGCUAACUCCAAUCAGGGAGAUGUAGACAGGGAACAGGUUUUAGAGCCGUUUGAUAUUGAAAAUGAGGCAAACCGCUCCAGCAGUUUUGAUGUUGGUUACAGUUCCGGUGAAAACCUUGAAACGUUGCCUACACCCUCCAAAGAUGUUAUCUCUCCAGCCGACAUCCUAAAGACACUCUUCUUUAUACUUGUAUGGUACACUUUCAGCACAUUUUUGACUCUGUAUAACAAAACUCUCUUAGGAGAUGAUUUGGGGAAAUUUCCUGCUCCCCUGUUAAUGAACACCAUUCAUUUUUCUAUUCAAGCCGUUUUAUCAAAGAUGAUAACAUGGUACUGGUCUGGAAGAUUUCAACCUGAUGUUACCAUGUCAUGGAGAGACUAUUUCAUUAGAGUUGUACCAACAGCACUUGCAACUGCUUUGGAUAUAAACCUAAGUAACGAGUCACUUGUCUUCAUAUCGGUUACGUUUGCAACAAUGUGCAAAUCUGCAGCACCAAUAUUUCUUCUUCUGUUUGCUUUUGCCUUCAGGCUGGAGUCUCCAAGCCUGAAACUUUUUGGUAUUAUUUCAGUUAUCUCAGCAGGAGUGUUGUUAACAGUUGCAAAAGAGACGGAAUUUGAGUUUUGGGGUUUCGUUUUUGUCAUGCUUGCUGCUGUCAUGUCUGGUUUCCGUUGGUGUAUGACCCAAGUUCUUUUGCAGAAAGAAACCUAUGGCCUGAAAAAUCCUUUCAUGUUUAUGAGUUGCGUGUCACCAGUGAUGGCUAUAGUGACUGGUCUUCUUUCUCUCCUUCUGGAUCCAUGGAGUGAAUUUAGAGAGAACAGAUACUUUGAUAGUGGAGAGCAUUUUGCGCGAACUUGUUUCUUGAUGCUUUUCGGUGGAGCACUAGCUUUUUUCAUGGUGUUAACAGAGUAUGUUCUUGUUUCGGUGACCAGUGCUGUAACGGUCACGAUAGCAGGCGUCGUUAAAGAAGCUGUGACCAUAGUGGUUGCAGUGUUCUACUUCCAUGACGAAUUUACGUGGCUGAAAGGUUUUGGUCUGAUGAUUAUCAUGGUUGGUGUCAGCUUGUUCAACUGGUACAAAUAUGAGAAACUACAAAAGGGAUACAAAACAGAAGAUGAGAAGCAGCUACAAGCUCCAAGUCAAACAGGAAAAUACGUGAUUCUUGAUGAGAUGGAUGAUCAAGAAGAUGGUCCUUAA